AAAUCACUUUUUAUUUGUGCCUUGCUUUUAGGAUUAAGUACAGCAUCUCUUUCAGAGGAAGGUUAAGUUAUAGCCUAACUGACAUAAUUGGAACAAAGUGAAUUUGGUCGUUAUUUGAUUCAUACACUAUAAUUGGAAAUGGAAACAUCAGAUAGUUUAGAUCAUUUGAUAAAUGUUCUUGAAAAACUAGAAGGACGUUAUUAAGAUGAUUAAAAAGAAGAUGAUGCAAAUAAUAGAGUAUAUUAAGAUUAAUGUGACUCAGACAUUGGUUAACUUGAUAAAGAUAUUGCAAAUAGCUAAUAUUCAAUUCUCUAAUUAGAAGCUAAACUAGAAGGUAAUCUCAUUCCUGCUAAAUCAAUAUAAUAAGGUGUUGAAAAAGCUAAAUUAGCAGAAAUUAAAUGUAAAUAUAUUCAUUCACAUUUUUUUUAGAAUACACAUAAGAAAUUUAAGAACUUGAUGAUGAGAGAUAAGAACAAAAUGAAGUUUAUGAGGCUAAAAUUGCUGAACAUUUUGAAGCAUCUAAAAUCAUCAGAGAAGCUUAAGCUAUUAUUAAAGAUGGUCUUUAAAGACCCUCACUUUUAGAAAUUAAGAAAAAUUCAAAAAGUUCUGUUAGAAUUGCUCCUAACAUUUUAGCUUAAGUCACUUCAAGUUUAAGUGGAUCUAUUAAUAAAAUUAGAUAAACUCAUAGAUUUACUAAAGCAUAUGCAAGUAUUUUCAAAGUCUUGUUAACAAUCAUGAAUAAAUCUGAAUCAACUGCUGAUGAAGGAUCUGUAGAAAAGUAAAUUUAAUAAUUUUAAAUACUAGAAUCAUUCAAUUAUGUAGUGAUUUAUUAGCAAAAAUAGAUGAUAGUACUAAUUUAGAAAGAUUUGCUGAAGAUAAAAGAGUUUAAGCCUAUGAAAAACAUAAACAUUUAUUAAAUAGAGAUUUAUAAUCUGCUUAAUCUAUUCUAGCAAAUACUUAAGCAACUUUAUAAAGGUUUUUUAUAUUAAUAUUUAAUUAGUUUGAAUGACUAAAUUCAACAAGCAUAAAAUUCAAUUGAAACUAUUUAAUAAAGAUUAGAUUAUUACUAAGAUACUAGACAAUAAAGAUACACUGAAUGUGAAGAAGCUGCUUAUGAUUAUCAAUAAGCAAGAAGUGCCAGAGAUAACAAUAAGCAAUUAGUUUCUGACUUAAUUGGUUUAGUCAAUAAACAUCUUAGAGUUCUUAGAGAACAAUUAGCACUCAGAGUUGCAGCUGGUGAUAAUAUAUGAAAUACAUUUGCAUUAUUUUCAUUAUUAUUAAUCUUAACUUCAAG